AGAAAGAGGAAGUUGGAAACAGAAACCAGAAACAGGGGGUGUACUUUCAAUCUAAAAACAGCUGAACUUAACGUUUUAUAUGAGAAAGGAACUCUUCGUCUUAUUAACUGCAUUUCAGAUCUCUUUAGUCAGACCCUUAAAAGAUUCUUGUGAUGCAAAAAGUGACCAAAGCUGUUUUCAAAUGUCAGAGUUUUUAGAGGACAGAGAGGGAGACAAUAUGGGACAAAAUCAGAGUUCAAAAGGCAAGAGAAGGGAAGAUGCUUUCCCAGAUACUCUAGAAGGAUUUGGAUACAAGUUCAAUGAAGAAGGAAAGCUGAGAAAUAUCGAAACGGAUGAACCCUUCAAGUUCGAAGUGAAAGAGGGUGACAGGAUGUAUAACCAAAAACAUUAUGAGGCUCUAGGAGAGGUAAUCACCGAGUAUAUCUACCAUUUACUGGAAGAAGAUGUCAAACUAAAGAAAGUUACUGUUCCAGUUGAUGCCAAAGAUGAGGUUACGAGUUUCUUUUUCAUGAGUGAGGAUGCAAUGAAAAAGGACAAGCUGAUGAUCCUUAUUCAUGGCAGUGGUGUCGUCAGAGCAGGACAGUGGGCAAGAAGACUAAUCAUCAAUGACGACUUGGAGAGUGGGACAAUGUUACCAUACAUCAAACGAGCCACCCAGGAAGGUUAUGGAGUUUUUAUCACAAAUGGAAACGAAAACUAUGUGCGGAGAAACAAAUAUAGAACAGCCAUCAGGGGUAGCGAAUCCCCAGAGAGGCACUUUGGUUAUGUAUGGGACAACUUCAUUUCCCAGGCUGCAGCUCAAACAAUAGUUGUUGUGGCCCACAGUUAUGGAGGAGUUGUCAUUGUAGAAGGGCUUCAAAAUUGUGAAGGUAUCAUGGAAAGGGUAAAGGCCAUUGCGUUUACAGACUCUGUGCAUAGUCUUUCACACCAAAGGGCUAACAAGAAUCUUAGGGCAUGGAUGAAAAAGCAUUCACGCAACUGGCUCUCCUCAGACCUUCCUUUGGAUACUGUCAUAGAUUACGAAGGUGCUGAUUGUGAGCUGGUUUCAGCUGGUACAAUGAAACAUGAGGUCACUUCACAUGCAGCUUUUAAUUCAAUCUUUUCGUUCUUUGAUGAGAAGCUCAAAGCUUCAAAUCAGACUGAUAGCUCUGAAAACACAUCAGUUGGUCAGACCCCAAUAGACAGUCUUAAAAGUCCAUUGGAGAAAGUUGAAAAUAAAAUGGAAAUCUCUGAAAACCAGGAAGUAAGCUCCGAAUUGAGCCAAACCUCCCAGACUCAAGCUGAUGCAGCAGAAAAGCAGGAAGAAGCCCUCAGAAAAAUGGAUGAUUCCUCUGAGACUCUUCCAGAUGCCACACAAACUAAAGAAGAAAUGCCCCAGACUCAGGCAGAUGUGUCACAAACCCAAGAGGAACCCUCAAGCAAUGAAAAGUAUUCCUUCCAAGCUCCGGCAGAUUCAACACAAACUGAAGAAGAAAUGCCCCCGACUCAGGCAGAUGUGUCACAAACCCAAGAGGAACCCUCAAGCCACGAGGAGCAUUCCUCCCAAGCUCUGGCAGAUGCAGCACAAACUAAAGAAGAAGCCUCCCAGACUCACGCAGAUGUAUCCCAAGAUGAACCCUCAGGGAAUAGGGAGGAUUCCUUCCAAACCCAAACAGGGGACACCAAGUCCCCAGCUGAUGAAACUCACAUGGAAGUUGAUAUAAAUAAAGAGGGAACAGAAGUCUAAAUUAUGUAAAACAUCUCUCCAAUUAUGUAAGACCUAUCUCCUGUUCAAUCAUUUGGUGAUAGUGAAAGGGGGAAAAAAUGUGUUCAGCAGGUGAAUUAUCCAGUUGCCAAUUCAGAACAUGUCUUGUUUUCCUCAUAUCUGCUUGGUUUUCAUGUCCACAGUUAGGCCGCACAAUAAUGAAGCAAUAUUUCACCAAGAAAUUAUCCCAAACUAUGCAAAAGUUUAAAGUUGAAAAAUUAAGGUGGAUUGUAUCUUUUCAAGCUUUGCCAAUAGUGGUAACCCACUAGUAGAUUAUUUAAGAAAUCUUUUUUAAAGCUAUCAAGGUGAUUUUAAAAUAAAACACAUUUUUAGACCAUAAAUUACUAAAAUAAAAACUGUUAAAUUUAUCUUAUAUAGAAAAAAAAUAGUAUAAACUUCGAAGUUCUUGGAGUCAGAAACUGGUGACUCUGGCUGACAUCCGAGUGUAGUCAAAUAAAUAUUGCAGUGCAUUUUGAUGCAUGUAGAAUGAGUGGUUAUGAUGAAAGUGAAUAGCUUCACACAUUUAUUGGAAAUUUUGAUCAAGGGUACUCCCAAGAAGCUGUUGGUAGGCUGUUGGCCAACUGUUGGUCUGUCAGGAGCCAGUUGGUAGCUUGUCCCUAGCCUGUUAGCUGACACCUUACCAACAAUAAGCUGACAGUUGCUUGGGGGAGCUAUGCUUUAAAAGUACCCAUUUAUCAACUCACAAAAACUAUUAUUUCUUAUAUUCUAUAACACAAAAACUCUGAUAAAUGAUAAGUACCAACUCAUUUGAUUAUCAGCGAUAACGCUCUUCUUUUUCUUGUUUAUUCUUGACAUGCAAAAACAUGCCACAAUAUUACCUCUUUAAAUAUAUAUUUUUUAUAACAUAAUCAACAUAGGCAUCCUCGGAUUGGUCAAUGCAAUUUCCAAACAGAUGCCUUAUGAUGUUAUAGAGCCCCCAUGCAUGUAACUAGUUACAUCCCAAAAGCAAUAGGAAGCAUUUUUUUUUCUAGGCUCAGUAAUGUGAUAAUGCCACUAUAGGAAGCAUUUUUUUAGGCUCUUUAAUGUGAUAAAUCCACUUGGAGGUUAGAAGAACACUUGCAAAGCUUUUAUGAACUUUCCUCCGAUGUUUAAUUACAGUAGAAAGGCUGAUGUUCCUCCAAAUCAAUAUAGAGACUAAAUCAAAAAUCUUUACUUUCUA